AUGGCCUCAUCAUGCCUUGUUCCUGACUUCCCGGCUGUCAUGGUCGCUCUGGAGCACAUAAAGAAGCUGGACAAGCAGCUGAAAGAGGACGGAGUACCAUUCUCACCAGAGGCCAGCCUGCAUCUGUUAGAGAUCACAGCUGCUAUUAGUGAACUGGAGGCAGACCGACGGGCCACUCAUGAACAUUUAGAGGUGGAAACCAUAGAAAACAGCAAGCUCAGGCAGCAAAUUAACAUCACAAGAGAAAGAAUGAUCCAAGACAUUAUAGCCGAUGUUGCAGCAGCUCGAGCAUCCAAUGCGAAUGAGAUACAACAGCUGCAUCAAGACCUCUGCUCAGUAUCUCAGCUUCAAGAGAGCACCAUGAAGAGACAGGAAGCUCUUUCGUGCCACAAUGAAGCACUGUUACCUGAGCGAGAGCAGGUGAUGGCUGGACAUGAGGAGAUGGUGCGAGCUCUGAAUGAUCAAAUCACCUUCAAGUACAGCCUGCAGAAUCAGAUAGAUCAGACACAGGAGAAGACACAGGAGCUGAAGUUCUCCAUAGAUGCAGUCAAACAGGACAUUAGAGCCCUACAGCAAAACAUGGAGCUUGAAAGAGAGGCUUCCUCUGUCAAGAAAGGCUGCCUGUCAAAGGAAAAGAACCAGGUUGUGGAGAAAAUAAAGCAGCAGAAACAAACUAUUAGUAAGUGCAGAAGAGAGUUAAACAGAGUUAAUGAUAAGAAAGUGAAGAGUAUAGCACAUCUGGAUCAGCUCACAAGUGACCUGGCCAUGCUAGAGAGCAACAUGCAAAGACUGGCAGAGUCACGGUGCCAGUGUGAGAAACAGCUGGAGGGGGAGAUACAGAAGCAGCAAGAGUUAAGGGAUCAGAAAGACAUGUUAAAGGAGAAAUUAAAUGACUUAAAAGAAGAUUUCAGAGCUGCCAUCCAAAGUCUUAAAGAGGAAAUUGCCUCAGUUGAAGAUAAAAUCAAGCAAGAGCGGGCAUCUGGGAUGCGCCAUCAAGACUCAUGGGCACAAAUGUGUGAGAAAUUAAAGCGUCAGCAGGAGGAAGAGAGUGACGUUAAGGCUGAGCAUCUACACAUCUCACAGAAGCUGGAGCAGUCCAAGCUGCAGCUGGAGGAGCGCAUCGCCUCCAUCAUCAAACACAACCAGGAAAUCAGAGAGAUGGCCAGGCAGAUCCAAGAACUCCAGGAAGCUUCUAAGAUGAAUAAACACAUGUUUGAGAGAAAUCAAGAAGAGAUCUGCGGUAAUGUGGACACAGAAAAGAAGAACAUCAGCCAGUAUGAGGAAGAGAAGAAACAGCUAACAAAGCUCCUCGAGGAGGCUAAGAAGGUGCAAAAGGAGCACAUGCAAAAACUUAAAAGUGAUAUCAGCAGCACCUGGAGAAGAUACGAAGAGCUAAGUCAAGAGGAGGCUGCGCUACAUCAGCGACAGCCCAAGAGUGUGGAUGAAGACUUGCUGAGGAGUUAUAUGGAUCAGUCUAAGGUGGAGCACCGACAGAGAGAGACCAGGUGCCAUGAGGAAAUACAGCAGUGCAUCACAGUGACUGAGAACAUCACGAGGAGCAACAGGGAGAAGCAGAGGGAGGUGGAGCAGAAGGAGGAGUUGCUGAAAGAGGUGGAGGCAAAGGCGAAUGAAGAGCACUGCAGGUACCAGAAGCUGGAAACCUUUAUCUCAGAGCUCAGGAGGCAAGAGAGCCAUCUGGAACUGUUGAUUAAGAGCCUGCAGGACAAAACCAGCACACUUCUUCAGCCAAAAGAGGAGAUGAAGGCUGAACUGGAGAAGCUGCGAGCCAAUCACAUGGACUUGCUUGACAAACAGGCGUCAGAGCUGCUAGCUGUGGAGACAGACAUCUAUAACAAUGGAGUGAUGCUGGAGCAGGUCCGCAUGGAGAACAGCAGGCUGCAUCUCUGUAUCAGACAGAUGACAGAGGAUGUUGACGGAGCCAGGAGAGACAAAGACAGGUACUGGCAGGAGGCCCAGCAGUUUAAACAGAAGAGGACAGCCUUGUAUGAAAGCCUACAAGCAGCAUUGAGGGAGGACUUACUGUUAAUUCAGGACUGCCAGGACGGUGAUGGAGUUUUGUUGAGGUCUUUCACCGACUUGUUAGACCACCUGGGACACAGGAAUCAACAACUAAGGAGUGUCAGCAAACUUCUACACAAACAAAUGUUAGACUUUAGCAAACGACUGGGAGAUAAGGCAACUGCAGAGCAACAGAGUUGAGAAGUGUCUCUUUUUUUGAGGUAAUAAAGACGGGAAUUUGUUUUUGUGUCUGUUUUCAAAAAUCUUUUGACAAAGCUGACAAGCAAGGGGAUGGAAUGAUGUCUACUGCUUUGAUUUUGACAAGCUCAAGGAAGAAAAAAAUUCAAAUGUAAAGCUUAAAUACAGCUCUCCUUACAGACAAGAUCUCGCCUUGGAGGCAUCCAUACGUAUUUGUACUAUUGUUUCAUUGUAGUUCACCACAGUGGAGAGGGUAUUUGUGGAGAUGGUUGAGUCUUGUAAGUUCACAGAGACAGUGAUGGAUUAAAAACUUGACCCACACCUGAAACACAUCCGAAAGGGCCUGCAGAGACUGUAUUUCCUGUACAGACUAAAUUCUUUCCUUGUUGAUGAAACUUUGAUGGGUUUGUAUAACAGAUCUUGUAUCUUUAAUUUAAUUUUAUGGUAAUCCUUACGUAAAACACAAAAACUGUAUGUCCAGAAUUGUUAUAGAAGCAGCAAGAUAGUUGGCAUUCAGCAGCUCUGUCCCAUUAAGAUCUAUGACUGAGAGGUUGUGCAGAAGGCACAGCCAAUCUUGUCUAGCUCUUGGAUGCAUUUAUUCCUCUCCUCUUUGGAUAAAGACACAAGUGCAAGAUCAAAUGGGUAUUGACUUUCUUUUGAUCCAUGUGCAAUCAAUGCACGUAACUUGCACAACUCUUGAUGGUACUUUUUUUGUUGCCUGACAAGGAGCUGAUCAGUUGUACUGAAAUUUGUGAAAAUUUGGUCCGCAUUUGCAUCACCAAAUUCAGGUCGAAUCCCCCUUGAAGGAGAAUAAAGCUUAGAACAGAGCUAAAUUAAAUUAUACAGUAAAUGACAUCUCUUUAGGUUACACAUUUUCACAGCAUCAUGACUUUUUACUGAUUUCAUUUAUCAAUGUACUGCUGUGAUCACUUGAGGAAAGAAGCUGUUGUUUCUGUACUGAGGGCAAUUAAUGUCAACAUGAUGAUUUUCUCUGAACUGGACCAGACUGGAGGAGACCAGACCAGACCCGAUGAUAGCAGACCAGACCAGACCAGACCAGAUGAUAGCAGACCAGAACAGAGAGGGGCUGAGGGGGCAGCCAACACAGCAAACCAUAUUUAAAAAGAAGAUAAAUAUAUUUUACUCUGAGAACAGAUUCAUUGUCAUAGCAACAUAAAGACACGUCCUGUGCAUGGCAGCAUUUCAGUUCAUCAUGUACAGUUCUUAAGCCGCACCGGCAGCCCUGUUUUUUUCAUCAUCCCACUUAAAUCAUAAAUCCAGAAACCAUCGCAGUGAUAGGGGGUAAAUUAUACUUCUUAUUAUAAGUGAUUCCACAUGUCAAAACUUUUUCUUGUUUCACAGGUUUGGUACAAUGUGCAUGAAUUCACUAUCUAUUGUAUGAAAUGUGAAUCAAAUUAGAUGUUUGGAACUUCUAUGUGAUCUAACAGAAUUUCUUUACUCACCAUAAACACUGGUCUGAUCACCACUACAGCAGCUUUGUCUCUCAGUGCCUGCCUCUUUACUUUGACUUUGCUGUACCUAAUGAAUUCAUUAUAAAAGCAUCUCAUUCCUCUACUGGGAUAUCUUUCAAUAAACCACAAUAUUUUAAUAAUGUUUGUGUUUACAGCUGGAUUUUUUUUUGUGGGGGACAGCUAUAUAGAAGGGGAAAAACCUUGUAUCAAAAAGCUGCAGG